UUGAAGACAAUAGAUACUAUCAAAAUAUUUAUAGACCGUGCCUUUUAAAAAUUAAAAGCCAUAGUGGGUUCUAAAUGGUGCCAACUGAGAUAUUGAACGUAAAUAUGAAGUAAAGGCAAUACUGCAUGUAAAAAUGGGAAAGAAACAAGCUGCUGCAAAUAUUCAGCCGCCGGCUGCCGCGAAUUCUCAGCCGCCAGCUGCCGCAAAUUCUCAGCCGCCGGCCGGGAAGAAAGUGCCAAUGAUAAACACCGCGUCUGAGGGCGAGUUUCGGUGUACAACUUGUGAACGAGAGAGCAUACAGACAGAAGCGAGCAACUUCUGUGUGGACUGUGAGGCUAACUUGUGUCCAACAUGUGUGAGCCAACACAAGAAGUUUCCGACGAUGCGAGGUCAUAAGAUUCUGGGAAAAUCGGCUCGUCGGCACAUCAACAUGGACGUUGAGGAAGAAGAGAAUUUACUGGAAUGUCACAAUCAUCCCGGAAAAAUGGUGGACAUGUACUGCCCGGAACAUGACGAGGUCUCAUGCGGCGGUUGCAUGGCCGUAUACCAUAAGACUUGCUCAGAUGUCGUCUUCAUCUCUGAGGCUUCGAAGAAUAUCUUGAAAGGUAAACAAUACAAAGAUAAUAAGACAAAUGUCCAAAAAAUGAAGAAAGAAUUUGAGCAACUCAAAGCCACCGUUGAAAAGGGUCUUCUAAAUCUAGCGGAGCAAAAUGAUCGUGUUUUAGCAACCAUGAAGGAUAUACGUGUGAGAGUCAAUGAGCUACUUGAUGAAAUGGAGAGGAAAACUAAGAUUCAGAUGCGAGAAAUAUACACGAGAAAUGCUGUACAAAUAAAUGAAGACAUCCUUAGAUGUGAAGCCAUCCUGAAAUCUAUGCGCCAGUUAGAACGGGAACUUGAAAAGCCGUUAAGUCCAACCAAUUUGGAGCCGGACAUUUUUGUUUACACACACCGAGCCAAACGUAAACUCAUGGAAGGAAAGCAAUACUAUGCCGCCAUAAAAAGGGGUACACUGGGCCAGAGGCUUACAUUUGUUGUCGAACCUAGCAUUGAAGAAUGGCUGUACAACAUGAGAAACGGACUUCUCGGUCAUUUUAUCUUCAAGUAUCGCCUCAAUGAAAUCCAUGUAGGUGUUGAAGAUGACAAGGAAAUAUGUGUCAUCAAUGGUGCUUCUGUUGUCGCCGACGAAAGAAUUCUCAUGACAGACUGGAGUAACCAAAAACUAAAACUCCUCGACAAGUUUUUCACCGUCGUUGACAAUAUUCGCCUACCGUCUGCACCGAACGACGUUUGUCAUAUCUCAACAAACGAGGCAAUAGUCAGCCUUCCCGAUGAGAAAUCACUUCAGCUGGUUAAAGUAGACCCAAAACUCACACUUGGCAAGAAAUUCGACAUUGGAGUAGAAGGACGCGGUAUGGAAUAUUGGGCAGGGGAAUUGUUCAUCAUCUGCGGAGGACUGGAGCACGAGGUCAAAGGGCAUUUACGUGUUUACACACCUCAGGGAAAACUCAUCCGCGCUAUAGAACAUGACCAUUUAAAUGAUGGAAUCUUUUCUAUCCCAAUGCGAAUUGCUGUUUCGAACGACGGUAGCAAAAUUUACGUAACGGAUGGAGAGAAAGGUCUCAUAACGUUGAAAAAAUCGGGAGAAGUAACGCCAGCAUUUUCAGACCCGGAGAUGAAAUGGCCUUGGGGAAUAUGCGUGGAUAAUAACGAUCAGUUAUUCGUAUGCGGAAGCAGUUCCAAUAACAUUAUGCAGGUGCGCGAUAAUUCUAAAAUAGGCGUUACACUGAGGGCUGAAGAUGGGCUCAAGGAUCCAAUGUCGAUAUGCUUCUUUCCAGUCGGAUUUAGACUCAUUGUCACCACAAAUAAAUCCGACUUCAUAAAAGUGUUCACACCCUUGUAAAAUGUUGAACAUAGAAGAGUGUUAUCACAAUUCAAAACUAGAACUCUGUAUCAUCUUUCUUGGUGACGAUUUUGGCAUGACUUGUCCAUGAACAGGUUCAAUCAAACCGAGCCCGCAACAUUUUCGUUUUUGUCGUGAUGAGCGACCUGUGAAGUUUCUACUUUUUCUAUUUUAUAUAGAAAUGCAACAAUUUAUACAGCAGUUAAUUCAGACUCACCAUCAAUAUUUUCUGGAAACUGCUAAAACUAAGAACGACAGAAUUAUCAAACUUUGACUUCUUUAUUUAUUAUUAAUAAGUUUAUACUCAAUGUGCAUGUAUUAUGUUUGGUUUUUUUUUUGUGUUGUUUUACUACACUUGUUUUAAAGAGGUACGUCUCAAGAUAUAUAUCAUGGUGGCGUGCCAUUUCAUUUAACUUUAUUCUUUGAUAAUCGUACGUGUGUAUUUAAGAUUAAAUAUUACCCAUUCAUUUUUAACUUUUCAAUUGUCCUUAUAAAUGGACUAAAAUAGUAUACUGAAAUACAGCCCUUGUCAAUAGAUAAAAACAAUUAAAUUCAGUCAGACAUUUCAAAAGUUAACACAAGCGAAAAUAGAUUUAAAAAGAAAUGCCGUUUAACGGGGUAUAAUUUUUCAUUCUUAUUGUUUAAAGUGUACAUAGGCCAGCUAUUUAUUAUAAUAUACUUCACGUUUGAAUGGA